UGUCCAACGCUUCAAGACCACGAGUUUCAAAGAUUUUUCGGAGACUCCUCAGCUCAUUCACUUCUCUAUAUAUGAUACACAUAUCCCACUCUUUCAAUCAUCAACCAACAAUCAGCAAUCCAUUAACUUAAAUCUUUUGAUACAUCUCUUCAAAAGCUUCAAAAGAAUUCAUACUUUCAGACAAGAAAAAAAAUAUAGAAAUGGCUUUGGUGAGAAGUCUAUUGGGUGCAAAGAAGAUCCUGAGCCGCUCUGUAACGGCUACUACACCAAAAGGGUUUCUUGCGGUGUACGUUGGUGAGGAUCAGGUCCAGAAGAAGAGAUAUGUAGUUCCUGUCUCGUAUUUGAACCAGCCUUCGUUUCAAGAUCUGCUCAGUAAAUCUGAAGAAGAGUAUGGGUUCGAUCAUCCGACGGGUGGCUUAACGAUUCCUUGUCCUGAAGAUGCCUUCAUCACUGUAACUUCUCGGCUAAAGGGAAAGUGAUCCCAAGAGAAGAGAGAUCUAACGUUAUGUAGCCCGAGUUAGAGAUUUAAUGAUUCAAUGUAAAUAUAUCAACCUUUUUCAUUGGUUCUAUGUGAGAAAAGAGUUGUUCAAGAGACUACAAAGCUCAAUGUGAAUUGUCAAUUUUUGUUGUCAAAGCAUUAAAUAUAUAUAUUCAUCUUGAAUU